CAAACGUGUACACGAACAGCUACGGAACUGCAACCCAACAUGGCCGACUAACUUGAACGAAAAUAACCUUUAAGCGUCCCACUCCACCAAUGACCUUGAUAAGUUACGGAUAAUUUCAGUCACGGUACUCUGUUUCCCAGAGCGUGUUGUGGUUAGGGCGGUGCUUUCGACUGUUCAAGGUCAAAUGGUUGGACAGUAGAGAUGAUUCUUUUGUGAUAAAAGCUCCCACUAUCAACUAGGAUAUUUAAAAUCCCGCUAUGAGUAAUAACUCGGCGGUUCGCUGCAGUAAGCUGUGUAGUUGUAGAUGGCAAACGAAGGUGGUUUGGUGUCUGCAGCUGUUGUGCUACUUCAUAUCUUAUUUACCUGGAACGGAUUCUUACUUCUGUAUAAUUGGAGGUUACCUACUCCCACCUCACUUCAGACUAUGGACUCUGCUCACAUUUUCAUUUUACAACUACUCACUUACGUUUCUUAUUCUGGAUAUGUUGACUGUGUAUCUCAUGGACAAGUUGUUGUCCAAUCCGUAUAAUUGGGUUGAGUUACUUAGGUUUAGUGUUUUGGUUAAUCUUUCAUCAGCUAUCUGCGUCACUACAUUUUAUCUAUUAGUCUCUCUUGUUAUUUUCGAUAAGAAUAUUUUGUAUUCAUAUUCCAUUUGUGGCCUCAUCGGACUCUUGGGUGGAGUCACUGUACUUGGUCGUCAGAUGUUAUCUGAUAAGUUAGUUGUCGAUUUCCCUCUUGGUAAGGUACGGUAUAAGCACAUACCAUUUGUGUGCACUUUGUUUUUUGCUGUUUUGUUCGGUACUGGAUUCUGUGGAGGUGUCCCCUUAUCAAUUUUUGUAACUGGAAUCUUUAUUGCUUGGAUGUACUUACGCUUCUUUCAAAGACACAGUAAUGGUCUACAUGGGGAUGUGAACGACAGUUUCACAUUUGCUGGCUUCUUUCCAAACCACCUAGGACCACCCGUCUCUGUGAUAUCUAGCGCAGUAUUCAACGUCCUAGUUCGUUUUCGUGUAUGUAAACCUCCACCUCCGAAGAAUCUAUCUAUUCCUCCUUCAGUCGUCUCAUUUACAGUGGAUAUACACGACACUACUCAUGCAGCCAGCAGGUAUAGUUCAUCAUUUUCCAUUAUUCCUUUGCUGUUGAUUAUGGUCAUACUAAGAAACAUGUUAUUAAAAUAUUAAUUUAAUUGAGGGACAAUUACAGUUGUAACAGAAAGCUGUUUGGUUAAAAAGUACUGUUAGAGAAUAUAUCAGUCUGUUUUUUCUUAUCCCAUUACAUUCAUCUGAAAUUGUAACGAUCGCAACUCAGACCUUUUCUCUAUAUCUAUCUUUAUUUAAUCCAACAUAAUGGUCUUCAAGAUGUUAGGAAGCGUUUUAGAGUACCUUUUAUAGUAGGUAGCAAAGUUGCCGAAAUGGAGCUCUUCGAAGGUAGCAAAUUUAGUGGCUUUUAUCGACUCACUCGUCAUACCAACCACUCCUGCCUUCGUAGAAUUGUGUGCACUGAGUGCUAUCAACGUACAAGUAAUUCUAAAGUCUGACAGCAUGCGACCGGACAAGGUGGAGAUGCGUGUUUUGAUCAAUUGCGAACAUGCCGAAAUUCUCCCUUGUCUUUCACAAAGUAAUAUAAAGUAAUAAACCAUCCUCUGAAUGUUCUUGAUAAGUGUGUUUACCUGUUUUCUGAUACCGUGGCUCAUUUGUUCUGUUCCUAUUUCCCAUACAUUGUUUUGCUAUCUUCGUAUAUUUCAUCUAUCGGUGUCCAUAUUGCACCAAGCUUGAGUUUAAAUAAUACCUUUGUGGUGAUUA